AUGGAAAUGGUUCAAGGAGCCUUAGAUGGUACUCAUAUCAAAGUCAAUGUCCUUGAGGCUGAUAAGCCUAGAUAUCGAAACAGAAAAGGUGACAUAACAACCAAUGUGCUUGGAGUGGUUGCUCUUGAUAUGCAAUUUAUCUACGUAUUGGCGGGUUGGGAGGGUUCAGCUGCGGAUUCUAGGGUAUUGCGAGAUGCACUAUUUCGUAAUGGAUUUAGUGUUCCCCAAGGUCAUUACUACUUAUGUGAUGCUGGAUACAUGAAUUGUGAAGGAUUUUUGGCACCUUAUAGAGGACAAAAAUAUCAUUUGAGUGAGUUUAAUCCACAUAAUCAACCCAGUACAGCUCAAGAGUUUUUUAAUAUGAAACACUCACAAGCUAGGAAUGUCAUUGAAAGGGCAUUUGGAGUAUUGAAAGCAGGAUGGGGAAUUUUAAGGGGAAGAUCAUUUUAUCCUAUUAAGACUCAAGGAAGAAUUAUAACUGCUUAUUGCCUUUUGCAUAAUCAUAUUAGAAGAGUGAUGGUUGUGGAUCCUAUUGAUGAGAUGGAAGAUCAAAAUAUACUUGGAGUAGAUGGUGAGACGAUCCACCAUAUUGAGACAAGUGAUGCUUGGGGUAGAUGGAGAGAUCAACUUGCACAAGAAAUGUGGAACCAAUGGAGGAGAAGACAUCACGCUCGAUAAUUAUAAUAAUUUUUCUAUGUAUGAGGCUAUCUGUCGUAACGUUGAUUUCAUUUUGUUGAUGUGUUUGUGUUCUUGUAUAAGAGUUGUGCAUGUAUGCUUAUUAGUGCAAGUAAUUUUUUACUUUUGAGACUUCUUUGUAACU